AUGGAUGAAGCAGAAAUUAGGCACCCUAUUGGCCUAUCAGAGGCAAACAUAGAUUGGAUCCAAUUGACCUUUACUAUUCAACUCAACUGCCAAACUUGGUUAGAUCUUGAAAUAUUCCACAGCCAUUCUUCCACCAUGACUCACUCCGCUCAAACGCAACAAGCAACCGAAGACAUCCACUCCAUGUUCCCAACUGCUGGCGUGGACAACAUGGCCAGUGAGACUCAUGUUGAAUCUUACCGGUCGCUUGAUCCCUCUGCCGCCUCGCUAGAGGACUACAACCGCUCCAUGCUGGAAUACACCCAGCGCCAAAUGUCUUCCUUCGUCGACACGGAUAACUCUCGCCGUGAUAGCCGGAGCAGCGGCAAGAGUGGCCGUAGCCUCGCCUCUAGCGGCAGCAACAUGUCCCGACAGGCCAAUGGACCUCUCACGCCCAUCAGCAAUGCCGCCCCCUCCGCCGAGAACAAGAUCGGGCUGUUCUCUGUCAAGCGUCCUAUUCCACAGACCGUGAUUUAG